CAAGGUCAAGGGACAAAGGAGUCCGAUCGCGGGGGAGGAAGGUCACGCAUAAUAACAUUAUAAGCCAAUUUAUUAUUCAGUUCUGAUCAAUUGCACCCAAAAUGGACGCCAGGGUAAUGAGCUUCAAGUUGAACUGUUCCUCUCCUGUCACAGCAUUCACUUAUCAUCCUCUUCGUCGCGAGAUUGUUACAGGCCACGAAGACGGUCUUAUUAAAACUUGGGAUGCAGAUACAGGCAAAUCAACACUUAGUCUCAAAAAGCACGAAGGGAUGAUCACUGACUUACUAUAUUGGGCAACUGGUCGCUUGCUGAUAUCCAGUUCUCUGGACGGUAGUAUAAUCCAGUGGGCCCCUUCAGGCGCUAUCAAUGGUGCUAAUGACAUUGGUCAAGCGAUCUACUCGAUGUGUUGGUACCAGAAACUAAAUGGGCUCGUGGUCGGUUGUCUAUGCAACCUCUCUGUACUCUUACCAUCAGGCCAAUAUGGUACACUGGGGCUUCCAUUGCUGACUAAAGGAGGAUAUACCAUAAGCAGUCACACAGACAUCAUACGUUGUAUUGAAACUGAUGGUAACAAGGUUUUCUCAGCAGGUUAUGACAAACGUCUUUGUGUCUAUGACGUAUCGGGUCUUCAUAGUGCUCAUACUCCAGAACUUCAUUUGGUUUAUACGAAAGAGAGGGCACAUGAUGCAGCAGUGACUUGUCUAUGGGUGGAUUCAGAGACUGACUGGGUAUUUACAGGCUCUUUUGACAAGCAGGUCAAGAUUUGGUCGAGUGACAUCAAGCAACUUCAUUCACUUCAAUUUUUGGACACAAUAACUGGUGUAUCAUUUGUUUCGGAGACUAAAGUGUUGUGGGUGUCAACCGAAGGAAGUAACACUCCUUUUCACUUUGAGCCUAAAUCUGGUGACAAGAUCACUGAUUAUUUGGACCCAGCUGCACACUCUAUGAGAACUGGAGCCAAUUCAAUAAGGUGGCAGUCGUUCAUUCAGCAUAUGAACAUUGCUCACAUGAAAGCCAAUGCUAUUCAAAGUAUCUCGUCUGAGCCAUGUUUCUUUAGCUCAGACGUAUUUAUUGGUUAUACGAUGCCUGCCUUGAACAUGCACACGCGUACAGUAGUAUAG